CCUUAAAACUACGAGAAGAAGAAUCGAAACGAGACAACCAGGUUUUCCAGUGUUAGCAGCAAACAAGGAAUGGUCCAAGCGAUGUUCACUCUUUAGAUGGGAGGAAAAUAAACUAAAAUAAAGUCAGCUAACGUAAUAUGAUAGCAGGCAUAUAUUCCCGGGCGUCCGUUGCUUUUCAUCUGAAGCCAACACAACUGACUUAAAUUUGUGAACGAGAAUCAUGUGGUGACCUUUACUGGGGCCGAAAGGUGCAGGGGGACCAGCAGCAGCUAUUGAGCAUCGAUGAAGCAUGAAGAGCCCAGUGCACAGAUGCAGGGACGUGGAGCAGAGCCGUGGGCAAGCUUGGGCACGAACCACUUUAUUUCAGACGGAGCAUCGCAUUCCCAUCUCCAAGGACGUCAUUACUUCCUCGUCGGCGUCUGCCAUGUGGUUCAUUAAGGACGCCUGUGGCAUCAUUUGCGCUAUCAUUACAUGGCUGCUGGUUUUGUAUGCAGAGUUUGUGGUGCUGUUUGUAAUGCUGCUGCCCUCAAAGAAUCUGACGUACAGCAUUGUCAAUGGGUCUCUAUUCAAUGCUCUGGCCUUUCUUGCCCUUGCCUCGCACCUCAGAGCCAUGUGCACUGAUCCUGGGGCAGUGCCCAAAGGCAAUGCAACAAAGGAAUACAUAGAAAGUCUUCAGCUGAAACCAGGACAGGUGGUCUACAAAUGUCCCAAGUGCUGUAGUAUCAAGCCUGACCGAGCACACCACUGCAGUGUUUGCAAACGCUGCAUACGGAAGAUGGAUCACCACUGCCCCUGGGUCAACAACUGUGUUGGAGAGAACAAUCAAAAGUACUUUGUCCUGUUCACUAUGUACAUUGCACUUGUCUCUCUCCACGCUCUAUUCAUGGUGGUUUUCCAUUUUCUCUACUGCUUUGAAGAUGAUUGGACAAAGUGCAGUUCCUUCUCUCCACCAGCAACAGUAAUCCUCCUCAUACUCCUGUGCUUUGAGGGCCUCCUCUUCCUCAUCUUCACCUCUGUGAUGUUUGGUACCCAAGUCCACUCCAUCUGUACUGAUGAAACUGGCAUAGAGCAGUUGAAAAAAGAAGAGAGAAGAUGGGCUAAAAAAACUAAAUGGAUGAACUUGAGGGCGGUGUUUGGACACCCUUUCUCCUUACUCUGGUUUAGCCCGUUCUCCACCCCUGACCACGGGAAGGCCGAGACGUACCAAUAUGUGGUGUGAAAGGAAAGAACGCGUCCUCGACUGAUUGGGCCAAUCCGUGCCCCACUUAAGCCGCUCUGACGGACGGUAGUGACUGCGGACACCUUCACAUCUGCUCUGCGUGCUUACUCCAUGCUUAAUACUGGUUUGCGCCUUACCUUCCAACACUGUUUAUUCGUGACUCGAUUUGCAUCCACUGUGAUAUUAUUUUCUCAAAGUUGCUUCUCUUAAAAGGCAACUUGAUGAGAAAACAGAUGCCCCCCUUGUUACCUCGAAACCGAUGUCGGGACCAUCUUAAACCAAGGACCACUGUACUGGGCUUGUACAAACUAGUCGACCAGUCGACUCCCCAGUGAUGUUUAGAGAUUGACGUGGCCAAGUCACGAAGCGUGUUUUUGCCCUGCUUGAGGCACAGCCGUUUGCAGCAGCAGGUGCGUGCGCUGAGUAGAACAAGUCGGUUACCUUCAUUUAUUGAAGUUGUAUUCCAUUUCUGAAAGAGCAGCUUCAACUAAAUAAAUUCACGAUUGGUAAACAUUUAUGAUUUCAAUUGGUACAAAUCUUUCAAAUGAAUUAUAUUUGCCACCUAAGCUGCUGUUUAUUAAAAGGAAAAAAAAGAAAUCGGUCUAAAAGAGUGGCAUUUUGUAAUAUGUGCAGUUAUGUAAAGCGUGAAACAUUCAGAUUAUUGUGUGGCAACAAAGCAGCCAUUGGUAGGUUACAGAAGAACUUUAUUAUUUUUAAUUUAUUCACUGCAGAACUGGAACUGAAUUGUGAGCGUUUUUAACCGUGACCUUUCUAAAGUGCUCCGCUGCGCUCAGAAGGAAGGAAGUGUGAUAGCUUCUGGUGGCCGGAUUUUGAAGAUAAAGGCUUUUUUUCCCAAAAGAAAACAUGCACUUGCUCAUGUCGGGUUCACGUUGCCACCACUCCCCGUGUACUGUUUGUGCAUGCUAGUUUUGAACCCCCGUUUUCACUGUAUGGCGUUUCUCUUAUUGGGAGACGACUUGAUAUUUUCAAAUACUUGUGUGACUUUUCUCUGCUUAUUGUGCAGUGGAAGGAUCUAAAGUGGACUUUAUUUCUGUGCUAUCUCUUACAUUGCAAUGCCUUUAACACCUCAGCAAGACACUCUUUGAAUGGUUUCACACUUGCACUUGGGGUCUCUGGUCUGGAUCAAAGCACUGUGCGUCAUUUGAAUGACGCGUUUGGUUCUUUUUUUCUUUUUCUUUCACACUUAUCAUCUGACCAAAGGCUGCCCAGUAAAAAAACAUACGCGUAAAGGUACAACCUGAGUGGACAGCUUUUGUAACAGAAGUCAAUCACACUUGACUGAAGUCUCUUGUGUGAAAUUCCCUGAGUGUAUUAAUACCAGCUGAUCAGGAAGAGCUCGAAAAUGUGUAUUGGGAUUCUUCCCUUCACAAGCAGAGGCGGUUACGGUUUUGCCUGCGUUUGUCUGCCCCCAGUUUGACUCAGUCAUUAUUGUAAACAGACACGAUUCACUGUAAUGGGUAGCUGCAGAAAAACCAAAGGAUGAAAUGAUUAACAAUGGAACAUGUUGUUGAUUCAAAUCAUCCAUUCAUUCAUUUGAACAUGGGAAAAAACUAUCUGAUGGCUUUCCAUGGAAUUUGUUGGGUCAAAAACAGGAUUUGAUCACAGCAUGAAUUGAAUAUAUUCAUGACCCAGAUCCAGAUUUCAUCAGCUAAUCCAAAUUAGGAUGACUUGAUGGAGGUCAUGGUUCAUGAUUUGUUCCUUGUCCCAUACCUCACCCCUUCAAGAAAAGUUAUCUGUUAAUCAAGUUAGUUGUUUUUGUUAGCUAAGCAUGUUUUGAAUCGGCAUAAAAACAAAUGCAGGCAAAGGCGAAACCUCCAUUGCACACUUAGGGGCAUAUUCUCCCGUGUGCUUGAGUCGUGGGUGCGCUUUUUCGGCUGUGCAAAUUCUCCCGUCCAGGCUUAAAGGUGGCACCUUCGUGAAACGUAUGCACUCUCGGUGGAGCAACCUUGACAUCUGGGCGUGACGCUGACAAAUUUGUCAGUGCGAGCAUUCUCCCAUAGACUUAAGCAUCUUUUGGCCUCCAGAGGCUGUGCGCAGGUAUGACUGCCUCUCUUGAAGGCAAAAUGUCAUAUUUCACGUUAUGAGCCAUCACAAACAUUACAGUCAUUGUAAUAAUGGGCUGUAAGUUUUAUUGAGGGUAUUUGAUGAACCAGGCAUGCACAGGUCAACUCGCAAUUUGCACGGUUUCCUAAACAUUCCCUUAUGAGCACAGUAUUCUGAUUAAAUUGUUUGUAUUGGAUUUAUUCAAACAUGAAUGCAAAAAGCCAUUCUCCUUCAAAGUAGCUUGUCACAGCUAUAACUUCUGGAUCCACGAUGUGAAUUUUUUCGUUUCAUGAAGUUAAUUUCACAAUCAAAGAGUGUGCCAUAGGUUCAAAACGGAUCCCUUUGGAAUUCUCGUUUCUUAUGAAAACUCCACGAUUUGGAAAUUAGGCCGACAUCGGGACUUAACCUACCUAAUUAUGCCUAUUUGGUGGUUGCACACAUAUUACCAGGUUACUCAUGGUGAGUGUGGCAGACGUUUAGACGGGAAAAAUUGACUUAAAAUUGACUUGAGUGCGAACGGGAGAAUAUGCCCCAUAAUGAAUGACAUGGGGAACACACAGUUAAGCAUUCCGGUUUUUUUUUUGUUUUUUUUUAACUUUCUGUGGGGGCUCAAAUUGGUAUUCUUUGGGUCUGCCAAACUCUGCUGUAAAGUGUGCUUUAUUCCUUUGUUCUGUUUACUCAAUCAUAUAAAUGUGAUCACAAGUGAAGGCAUGGUAUUGACGAAGGCUACAAUAGUAUCCAUUGUGAAACAUAGCUGGUAUGAUGUUAAUUAUUGCUGAAAAUGUUGAGUCUCAAUAUUGUUUGGGUUCCAUUUCGUUGUUCAACCUCCUGAAGUAAUUUCAGCACAUGCAGGGAAUAAACUACUCGGUUGCAAUGCAAA